AUGAAUACAAGGCAGCAACCAUCAAUUGAUGCUUCAGUUUGCAGAGUGGCUUUAACUGGAAGGGGAACAAAACGGAAAAUGAAUCAUUCGCAACAUGGACCACAGACUGCACUGCGUUCUGCUUUGCCACGUAGGAAUGAUACCAGUAGGCGCCACAAUAACAUAGGAAGACAUAAACAACAGCCGAUGAAAGAAAACACUACACAUGAUUUAGAAAAGUUGCUUCUAGAAGAACCAAAGGACAUUGUGAUAUCGUUAACCCAGGAUACAAAGCGUCUGCAAAACAUGUUAAAGGAUACCGGGAAGACAACCCAGGACUUAUUUUUACUACUACAAGUACUUGGGAAAGCAAGCAGAUGUACAUUUGCCCCACAAAAUCAGAUACAUUUACUAAACACAAUUAUUGAAUCUAGAUUAUUUACGUUCAUUUCCCGAGAACUUUCAACUAUAUACAUAUAUGUUAUGAGAGGCAUAUUUGACAACAAAUCAGAAGCUAUGAUCAGACAUAUUCUAACACUCUUAAAGGCAAUCCUAAACAUCAUGCCAACAAAGUUCUUGGAAAUAGCUUCUGCAGUCGAUCUUCUUAAUGUAAUUGCAAAAUCUACAUCGACAAGUGAAUCAGGUGUAGUGAUAGAUCCGGUUGUAAUUCAGGAGAUCCACGCUUUGCAAGAAGACAGAAGCCAGGUGAUGGCAGAUGUCCGAAUAGGUCAAACACAACCAGAGAGUGAGCAACUGUCUGAGGAUCAUCAAUCAUGGCACCCACCAGAAAAUUUCAGAUCCAUUUCAGUGUUUCCCACAUCCAGUGACAUAAGGGCCAAUGUCGAACCAUUUUUACGGCCAAAUAUUGCCAUUGGACCAUUCCGAGACACGGAACAUUAUCUAGAUGUUCAUUUUCGUCUUCUGCGGGAAGAUUUUAUUCAACCCUUGAGAAAGGGAAUCCAGGAAUAUCUUUCUCAACAGUCACACCCCAGAAAAAAACACAGUAGGCUGACCGAUAUUCGAGUUUAUGAAGAGGUGUUCAUAUUAAGUCCUAUGUGUAGGGACUUUGACGGGAUAUGUCAUAUGGUUCAGUUCCACAAUGGAUGCCUCAAGCGUAUAAGAUGGAAAAGUAGCAAACGUUUAAUAUAUGGUUCAUUAGUAUGUCUUUCUAAAGACAACUUCAACACUGCACACUUUGCUACAGUAGCGCACAGAGAACCUAAGCAACUUGAAUCGGGAUUUUUAGCCUUGAAGUUUCAUUCACUAGAAGAUGUUAUUUACGAACUCCCUGACCAGCCUUAUAAAAUGGUAGAAUCAAACGCUUACUUUGAAUCAUACAGAUAUGUUCUUGAAGGCCUUCAAGAUUUGAAUACCAAUUCCCUGCCCUUCAGAGAAUAUCUUGUUGAGUGUGAGAAAGAGGUGAGAAUUCCAGCAUAUAUCAACUCUGAAGAUGUAACAUAUACAUUAUGUAAUGAUAGUGUAACUAAAUCUCAAAGUAUCUCUGCACCUGUUUUGGACACUAGCUCUUGGCCAACAUCAAGAGAAUUAGGUCUCGAUGAAUCUCAACUGCAGGCUCUAAAAACCGCCCUUACCAAGGAGCUUGCAAUAAUUCAAGGGCCACCUGGUACAGGGAAAACUUACAUUGGCCUUGAAAUUGUCAAGAUACUACUUGACAAUCAUAAAGUGUGGUCUGGUACAAUGAAUCCGCCAGCUCCAUCACCAAUACUCAUAGUAUGCUAUACAAACCACGCCCUUGACCAAUUUUUAGAAGGUAUCAACAAAUUCCAAGGAACUGAAAUUGUCCGUGUUGGAGGCCGAAGCAAAAGUGAAGCAUUAGAAAAGUCUUUGAUCUCUGAGAAAAGAAAAAAGGGAGGAGUUGUUGGUCGUUUAAUUUUAAGAGAGUUGAAGGAAUAUCAGGAGCGCAUUCUGACGUGGACUGAAAAACACAGAUUUAAUCCAUCCUGCAUGAUUUAUUGUCAGAAUUUGUGUGUACCCCAACAACACCGACAUAGCCUUCUGACGGUAAAACCUGGAAAGUCCAGAUGGCAACUGAAUGAUGAGCAGUCCAUUUUGGAUUAUUGGUUAAUGGAGAAAAUAAGAGACGCAACAAAUAGCAAGCAAAUGCACAUGGAAUAUCCAAACUCUGAUUCUACAAAACUUGCUGCAGCAAUAGAAAAUGACGAUGAUGAAGAUGAUAAUAGAAUUCUUGUUGAGUUUGAAACAGACUUCCUUGCCGACCAGAGAUAUCUAGAGGGCGAUUGGACACAAGACCUAAUCAUGGGGCAGCAACAUACUGAUACCAAUGACUCUACAUAUAA